AUGCUAUCGUAUUCGCCAUCUCCAAACCUCAUUAUGCCAAAUUUUAAUAAGGGUUUGGAGUUGCAUGAUUUCUUCGACUGCACCCACAAUAUUAUUAGUGAAGAUCAGUUUGAGAACCUACUUCGUGGGGCUGAAACUGAUCAAUACCCUUUUGUUAAUUUUGAUCACUGUGGUCUUAUUAAUGGCUUCAUUGAUGAUCAUCAUGAUCCAAUAAUGGGUCCAGGAGACCAUGCGUUUGGUUUCAAUGGAAUUAGUAAUACUACUACUAUUACUGGACCCAUAAUUGAUGAUCCAAAUAUUUCACUCUUCAUGAAUAGUAAUCUUGCUUUGCCAAGUUUUGAUCAUGAGGAAAUAAAAGGAGAUGGCGAUCAAAAUCGUGAUCAUUAUGAAUAUAAUAAUGAUCAAGAUGUAGAAGAUGAUGAUGAGAAUGAUAGGCAAGAGUCUUCUGAAGCCAAUACAGGAACGAGUGCAAAUUUAGCCAAGAAAACCAAGGUGAAAGGCGGUGAUAAAUCCAAAACAUUGAUUUCGGAGAGGAGGAGGAGGGGCAGAAUGAAGGAGAAGCUCUAUGCAUUGCGUUCUUUAGUCCCUUUUAUAACUAAGAUGGAUAAGGCUUCUAUUGUGGGAGAUGCUGUAGUAUACGUGGAAGACCUGAAAAUGCAGGCCAAGAAGUUGAAAGAUGAGAUUGCAAGUCUUGAAACUUCUUUACUUGGGUCACAAAGGUACCAAAAACCAUCCAUUAAUAGUAACCCAACUCAGAUCCAAAGUUUUCAUCCAAAAAACACCAAUCAACUGAUUUUCAAGAAAAUUGCUCAGAUGGACAUGUUUCAAGUGGAGGAGAGAGGGUUUUACAUGAGAUUAGUUUGCAACAAAGUAGAAGGCGUUGCGGCCUCACUUUAUAAGGUUGUUGAAUCGCUUACUAGCUUUAAUGUGCAGACCUCUAACUUGGCUUCGAAGGUCGAUGGAUUUGAACUCACAGUUACUUUACGGGUCAAAGAAACUGUGCAGGAGAUGCACUUGCCAAAUUUGAAGCUUUGGGUGGUUGGAGCCCUUCUCAACCAUGGAUUUGAAUUAAAAUCACCCUUUUCACCUUAAUUAAUCGAUUUUUCAUAAAUAUAUUUAACUUCUCUUUAUUAUAAAUAAAAAAAAAUGCACUUAACUACAUUACUACUUCCACUGAGCAUGAUGGCCUAGCUAGCCCCAGGCUAAGUUUUUUAUUUUUAAUUUUAUAUUGUUAAUAAUGAAGAUUAUCUAGAAAUAAUUUAUGGGUUUACUAUAUUUUGGUUGUAUUGUAUUUAGUUUCU